CAGAGUGAGAGCACGGGUUAAAUAUAGAGCAGAGCCUCAGUGCUGAUGACCGGGAACAAGCAGGCGUAAAGAGAGAGGCUGAACAUCCUGCGGCAAAAAGAGAACUUAUUUUAUUUCAGCUCAGAGAAAGAGUCUGUUUAUUCUCAUCUCUGCCCUCGCACGAUCCCCUCCUCUCUCUCUCUGUCUUCAGUUCUCACUCAUACUCUCUCGGCCAGUGAGCAUACAGCCCAAACUUGGAGAGGACAAAGCUUCACCAUGCUCCAACUUUGGCAGAAAAGGAGACACAGUGAAGGCUGGAUUUAAGAUUUAAAGAAAAGAAGACAGACACGCUGGUGUGGUGAGUGCUGGAGAAGAAGUGAAGUAUUAAUAAGGACCGGAGUCAUUUUGGGACCGAACAGCUGUGACACUAAGAGCUACCAGAUAAAAACAUGCGAUCCAGGACCUGCACCAUGGAAGGUCCAGAUGAUGGACACAUCCAGCCCAGUAAAGGUUUCAUCAAGCAGGAAGAUGAAAACAUGUCGGAGCUGACGAAGAGGAAGAUGAAAGUUCACAGAGAGGAGAAGGAUGGGAGGAUGGGGGUGUCGGGCUCAGUGAAGAAACCUCAGAAAGCUGCAGAGAGCCAGAAGCCAGCAACACCAGAUCUGUCCAAGAAGGACCUGCUUCAGCUGCUAGGAGUCAUGGAGGGAGAAGUUCAGGCCAGAGAGGACAUCAUUGGGCUGCUGAAGUCGGAGAGAACCCGUCCUGAGACUCUGGAGGCCCACUACGGCGCCGCUGUGCCCACCAAACCCCUGCAGGCCCUGCAGAGAGAUGCCCUGCUCACCCACAGUGGCAGCAGCACAGACGAUGUGUACGAGAAGCCCAUGGCUGAGUUGGACCGUCUGGAGGACAAACAGAAGGAGACGUACAGACGGAUGCUGGAGCAGCUGCUGCUGGCUGAGAAAUGCCACCGCCGCACCGUCAUGGAGCUGGACAACGAGAAGCGAAAGCACGCCGACUUCAUCAACAAGAGUGACGACUUCACCAACCUGCUGGAGCAGGAGAGAGAGAGACUCAAAAGGCUUUUGGAGCAGGAGAAGGCUUACCAGGCUCGUAAGGACAAGGAGCACAGCAGAAGGCUAGAGAAGGUCAGAGCAGAGCUGGUGAAGCUCAAGUCCUUUGCCCUGAUGUUGGUAGACGAGCGGCAGCUGCACAUUGAGCAGAUCGACCAGCAGAGCCAGAAGAUCCAGGAUCUCACUCAGAAGCUUCAGGAAAAAGAGCAGCGACUGGCGUCUGUCAGCGACACCGCCAAGGAAAGCAGCCAGAAGGUCCUAAAGCUGGAGGCCGAGCUAGAGCAGAGAGCAGCAAAGUUCACACAGGAGCAUGAGGAGAUGACCGCCAAGCUGGCAAACCAGGAGUCCCAGAGCCGGCAGCUGAGGCUGAAGCUGGCUGUACUGACACGCAAGAUUGAAGAGCUGGAAGAGAGCAACAAAGUCCUGCAGAAAUCAGAGGAGGACCUGCAGGAGCUGAGGGAGAAGAUCAGCAAAGGAGAGUGUGGGAACUCUUCACUCAUGGCCGAGCUGGAGAAUCUGCGUAAGAAAGUGUUGGAGAUGGAGGGCAAAGAUGAGGAGAUUACCAAAACAGAGACUCAGUGCAGGGAGCUGAGGAAGAAGCUGCAGGAAGAGGAGAACCACAGCAAGGAGCUGAAGUUGGAAGUUGAGAAACUCCAGAAGAGAAUGGCUGAAUUAGAGAAACUGGAGGCAGUCUUUAACAGGAGCAAAACGGAGUGCUCACAGCUUCACGCAAACCUGGAAAAAGAGAGACGUGUCGUGAAGGAUUUGGCCGGUGAGCUGGAGAUGGUGAAAACCCGGAUGAAGGAACUCGAGUCCUCAGAGUCAAAGUUCGAAAAAGUGGAAAUGGCCCUUAAAGACGAGCUCAUGAAGCUGAAGUCCUUCACGGUUUUUCUGGUAGAUGAACGCAAAAACAUGGCAGAAAGGCUCAAACAGGAAGAGCUGAAAAGUGAUGAUUUAAGUAAGAUGUUCAAAGCAGAGCAGGGGAAGGUGACAGAGGUUACAGAGAAGCUGAUAGAGGAGAGCAAAAAAGUUCUGAAAUACAAAUCGGAGAUGGAGAUCCAGGUGACGACGCUUACCAAAGAGAGAGAUGAGUUAAAGAAUAAACUGGCAGGUGAAGAGGAAAAGUGUAGGGAGCUAAAUGGCAAGCUGAGUGGGAUGAAGAUGACGAUAGACAGACUUGAGGAAACGGAGAGGGAAAUGCAGAGAAAGCGGGCCAGCAAGGAAAAUAACCAAAAUCCAGAAGAAGAUAACAAAGUAAGAGAGCUCACGCUAGAAAUCGAAAGACUGAAGAGCCGGCUCAAACACCUUGAGGUGGUUGAGGGCGAUUUGAUGAAAACCGAAGAUGAGUAUGAUCUGCUUGAAAAGAAAUUCAGGACAGAGCAGGAUAAAGCAAACGCUCUAUCAAAGCUUCUGGAAGAGAUGAAAAGUCAGAUUGCCCGAAACAAAGCCAUAGAGAAAGGAGAAGUCAUGAGUCCUGAGGCUGAGCUGAGAAUUCGCUGCAAGAUGGAGGAGGCCAAAACCAAAGAUCUGCAGGCAGAUGUUCUGGCUUUAAAGGAGAAAAUCCACGAGCUGAUGAACAAAGAGGACCAGCUCUCCCAGCUGCAGGUUGACUUCUCUGUCCUCCAGCAGAGAUUUAUGGAGGAGGAAGAGAAGAAUAAGAGCAUGAGCCAAGAAAUGCAGAACCUCAAUAAGGAGCUUGAAGCUGCCAAGCGGUACAGUCGUGCCUUGAGGCCAAGCAUGAAUGGCAGGAGGAUGGUGGAUGUCCCGGUUACCUCCACAGCCGUCCAGACAGAUGUGAUGGCCAGCGAGCCCGCAGAGGACGAGACGGCAGCGGGCUUUAUCCGGAAAUCAGUUCUUGAGGAGAACCACUUGAUGAGUAACCUCAGACAACACAGUCUCAAGAAGCCGACAGUUCUCGAACGAUACCCUCCAGCUUCAGCGGAACUUGGAGCCAAAAAGUCUUGGAUACCCUGGAUGAAAAAGAAGGAGGCCAUCACAAUCACUCAGACCACUCCUGAGAAGAUCCACGGGGUCUCUUCGCUUCAUCCACCGGAGGCAACCAUGUCCCAAAAACCGGGUCAGCCACUUCAUAUCAGAGUGACCCCGGAUCACGGGAACAGCACUGCCACCUUGGAGAUCACCAGCCCUCGAGCUGAAGAUUUCUUCUCCAGCACCACCAUUAUCCCGACUCUCGGUCUUCAGAAACCCCGCAUCACAAUCAUCCCUAAACCCACGACUGUGACCUCAAAGACCAAAACCUGUGACGGAAUGGAAGGUCUCAAUCGAGCCAAAUCUCCUGUCACAAUCACCACCAUCUCCAGAGCAAAGAGUCCAGAGAGGAAUGGCGGGAGCAGCCAUCAGUCACCAGUGUCCAUCAUCACGGUCAGCACCACUCCUGUGGCUGAAGCGUGUGCUUUAUCUGAUCCUCACGAAGUUUCCACAGGCCGCACAGUAAUCAAGGUGACCCCAGAGAAGCAGCCUGGAACUACACCUGUCAGGAAAUACAACAGCAACAUCAUCACAACGGAGGACAACAAGAUCCACAUCCACCUGGGUCCACAGUUUAAGAGGCCGUCUGAGGCCUGCAGCAGUCCUGUGCUGACACUCAGGCCAACUGGCCUGAGUUCAGAAAGCAGAGAAACGGGAACAGUUCUCCGCUCUCCACGCCAAGCCUCGGCGGGGAAAACCACUCCGAGCAAAAUGACAAGCAGCAUAACGAUCACGCCUAUCACCUCGGCCGCCUCCAGGCCGACGCAGUCAGUGCCCAGUGCAGAUGUGCAGUACAGUCGGAGCACCGCCACACGGAUCCCUGUGUCAAAAGGUAUGAAACCAAGCAGCAAAGCGGUCCUGGGCGUGUCCACGGUGACAAGGUUAGAGUCACGGGCCGAGAGCCACGCGAUGAAAAUCGAGCUGAGGAAGCCGACCGUGUGUGGCUUGGCCUCUGCGGCAGCAGGAAAGAGCUGAGUGCCGGUUCACCACCAAAUCCCCAAAUCUGCUGCCAGAAUAGAGACGCAGAACACAUCUGUGUGCAUUCACCAUGGGACUGUGUGUGAUGUCGCCUUUUACCACAGCUUAGCUUUACAAACAUCAUUUAAUGUGCUACCACUCAUGUUUUCAGAUAAUAUUCAUGUCAUUUGAACGGCCGGUUAAUUGCAUGAGAAAGCUUUGCUGAUUUGAUUAACUCCAUCUCGCCGCUCCUUCAUAGAUGGUUCAGAUUUUUAAUGCCAUCAUAUUUUUAUAGCAUGUGUUUAUUUCACCGCAGCUCAUGGAGGUUUCUGGUGACCGAGGCGCUGACUGUGAAUUGUUUGUGACACGCACCAAAAUAAAAACUAUUUA